UAGAAGAAAGAAAAGAGGGGAAAAUGUGUAAUUAGGGUUCUUCACUCUUCAGUGACGACGAGUUCCUUUCAUUGCCAUUGUCGAGACUCGAGAAGCUACAGUGUUGACAGCAAAAUCAUUAGGUUAAAAGCUUGGAGAGCACUCCAUAUGGACCGUAUCAGUUUGUUGCCCAAUGAUUUCCUCUUGCAUAUACUGUCAUUGAUUCCUACAAAAGAUGUCUUAGCCACGAGUGCUCUGUCAAAACGAUGGCGGAAUCUUUGGAAGUUGGUGCCUAAACUCCAGUAUAUCGCAAACCAUGAGUAUGCUGAACCUUGGGAAUUUUUUCUAUUUGUGGACAGGUCUUUGCUAUUAAACACGGCCCCAGUCUUAGAGAGUUUGCAUUUCAAGUUUGGUUGGAAAUGCAGGGACGUAGAUAUCGGGUUUUGGGUUGGAAUCGUAGUAAGACGAGGUUUGCGUGAGCUGAAUUUCGAGUAUCAUCGUUUUAUUAAUGAGCCUAUCAGAUUGCCUCAGAGCUUGUUUACAUGUGGAACACUCGUGGUGCUAAAACUAAAAAACAUAUCGCUUGUGGAUGUUCGAUUCCCGGUAUGUUUUAAGUUGCUCAAAACUCUGCACCUGGAGUAUGUGAUUUUCCUAGACGAUGAAUCUCCUAAGAAGCUUUUGUCAAGCUGCCCUAUUCUUGAAGUCUUUGAUUUGACUCGAGACGACAUUGACAACGUGACGAGCUUCUCUGUUAUGGUGCCUUCGCUACAAAGAUUUAUCUAUUAUGGAACAAGACCUGGUUCUGAGCUUGUGAUGAAUACGCCUUCUUUGAAGUACUUUAGGACUAUAGAUCAUGGUUCCGAGUGUAUGAUUGAGUAUUUGCCUGAGAUCGUGGAAGCACAUGUGCAGGUGUUAUGUACCAAUACUGAUGACAUCCUCAGAUCUCUUGUACCACUCAAACGCCUCUUGUUAUGUUUACCCUCGGAACCUGAGUUUCCUACUGGUAGUAUCUUCCACCAGCUUGAACAUUUGGAGUUUUACACUUGUGAGACACUGUGGGAUAUACUUAUGUCUAUGCUCCAACAAUCCCCGAAACUUCGAUCUCUCAAGCUUAACGAGAUCCAUCAUGAUUGCUUUGUUUCUCGAGAUCCUAUGGUUCACUGGGAGGAACCAAGCUCUCCUGAAACGUUGAAGUUCGUUCUUGAGACUUUUGAGUGGAGAAACUACAGAGGAUGGAAGAAAGAAAGAGAUCUUGCAAGGUUUAUCUUGAAACAUUCAAGGCGUCUAAAGAUUGCGACUUUUUCGCCACCAGACACCACACAACUGAGGACAGAAUUUCGUACCACAUUUGGAAUGAAAUAUCGUAUGCUCACGGAAUUGGCGCGUUUGCCGAGGGGUUCAACAGAGUGUGAGCUUGUCUUUGGUUAA